UUCAGGAGGAAGAACCGAGACAGACACCAGAGCUGGGGCUCAUUCCCACCAUUGAGGGUAUAGCACCCUAGUCUUUAGGCAGAGAGUGCUUCCCAUCAUGGCCUGGGCCCCAGCUCCCCUCACAUGCUCAGUGCUGCUGGGAAGGCUUGGGAAGGGGCGUGGAGGCAUACCGUCUGAUCUCGGGGAGCUUGUGUCGUGUUGAGAGAGAGGUCAUGCACACAUCUGCCUGCACACCAAGAACUUCCAAACAUGGCUGCUUAACAGACUCCAGGGAUAUUUCAAGUGAGAAGUGCAGGAAUAUGGAAGCAGGGACUCAAGCAGGAACCAUGAAUGUCGGGGUGUCCAUGAAGGGGUAGCCCUGACUAAAGGAAGAUUUAAGGAAAAGCACGCUCUUCGUAUCCAAAAUAAAGCCAGCGCCGGUUGUUUCUUAUGUUAUUACUGGAGAAAAGGUCAGGGCUGGACUCUCGGGCUCCCCACGUGUGAGAUUCUGGGGACUGAAGCCUUUGCCUCCAAUAGUCUCUUGGGGUUGGAGGUUGUUUUGUUCUUGUUUCCUCAUUUAAGCUGCAAUGGUAACAGACUGACACACAGGAAAUCAUAAGUCAGGAGGGCCACUGCCACACAGGAAGGACCCACCUGAACUGCUACGAACGACAGAGGGGAGGACUCCUCCUGUAACACCGGCUCUCCUGCCACCUCCUCCCUGCAGCCCUCCUCAGCCUCCUCUGCACAGGCUGGCUUCCUCUCUGGUGCUGCAGCGCUCUGCACUCGUCAGUGGUACCUGCAUACAGCCAUUCACAAACGGUUGAUUAUAAAUGAGUUCCAGACCUAGCUCCUUCAGGUAAAGGAUCCUGAGAACUGAAGGCAAACAGAGCUCCAGGAGUCCAAGACAGAGCCACAGACCACGAGGAUCCCUGGCCCAGGUCUUGGACUUCAUUCCAUUUUCUGAUGAGUAAUAACUCAACGUUGAAAAUGUCCUUUGUGGGGGAGAACUCAGGAGUGAAAAUGGGCUCUGAAGACUGGGAAAAAGAUGAACCCCAGUGCUACUCAGAAAAAGAUGAACCCCAGUGCUACUCAGAAAAAGAUGAACCCCAGUGCUACUCAGAAGACCCAGCUGGAAGCCCCCUGGAACCAGGCCCAAGCCUCACCUCCAUGAAUUUUGUUCACACAAGUCCAAAGGUGAAGAACUUAAACCCGAAGAAAUUCAGCAUUCACGACCAGGAUCACAAAGUACUGGUCCUGGACUCUGGGAAUCUCAUAGCAGUUCCAGAUAAAAACUACAUACGCCCAGAGAUCUUCUUUGCGUUAGCCUCAUCCUUGAGCUCAGCCUCUGCGGAGAAAGGAAGUCCAAUUCUCUUGGGGGUCUCUAAAGGGGAGUUUUGUCUCUCCUGUGACAAGGAUGAAGGACAAAGUCAUCCAUCCCUUCACCUGAAGAAGAAGAAACUGAUGAAGCUGGCUGCCCUAAAGGAAUCAGCACGCCGGCCCUUCAUCUUUUAUAGGGCUCAGGUUGGCUCCCGGAACAUGCUGGAGUCGGCAGCUCACCCCGGAUGGUUCAUCUGCACCUCCUGCAAUUGUAAUGAACCCGUUGGAGUGACAGAUAAAUUUGAGAACAGGAAACACAUUGAAUUUUCAUUUCAACCAGUUUGCAAAGCUGAAAUGAGCCCCAGUGAGGUCAGCGAUUAGGAAACUGCCCCAUCAAAUGCCUUCCUUGCUAAUUCGAACUAAUUACAUAAAAACACAAAAUCUGCUCACUAA